UUUACUUGAUAUUUUCCACAAUACAAAUGGGCUUUAUAUUUACUUAUUACUCCAGACAAUUUUUGAAGCCUCCAUCCAGCCUUUAAGCAUUUUGUGGAAAUGCCGCUCACAUUAGAUUUGUGUGAAAAAUUCUUCGGCACCCGCGACAUUUACGCGUUGUUUGAAUUGAAGAAGGAUUCUUCGGAGGAUGACAUGAAAAAAGCCUAUUAUAAGCUGUCUUUGAAAGUUCAUCCGGAUCGAGUACCUGACGCGCAAAAGGAGGAAGCCGCCGAGAGAUUUAAGGUGGUCGCGAGAAUAUAUCGAGUGCUUACAAACAAAAACGAAAAAGCGCUUUAUGAUGAAAAACAAAUUAUGGACGAUAAUGAUGAUGAGGUCAGAUUUGCAAGUUGGUCGGUAUCUAUGGAGAAACAACUGGUCCUAAGCAAACAGCUCUUUUUGAGCACGGAAUCGCCUUCAGGUGAUUCGCUUUCGAGCAAAUCGCCUUCGGGCAAAAUGCCUCUGGGCAAACCACAACCUUCGGGUUGCAUUAGGGAUGAUGGGGAAGGAUCGUAUGAGCCAUCUCCGGCCAAGGGUAAACCGAAGCGCCAGCGGUCCUCUAACGAUCCCAACUCUUCAACCCAAUUUGUUGCAAAAAAGACUCGGUCGGCAACGACUAAAGUUUCAUAUGCUAAUAAGGCUAUUGAAGCCGAUGGGUGGGUCUUGUAUGAUGAAGCCAAUCCAUCAGGCUACAAUAGCGAGCGGUGCCAACAGCUUAAGAGAAAACUACUGUUAGCUGUAAGGGCUGCAUCACUGCAAGGCAUUAAGCUUUGCUUUAAGUCGGUAGGUGUAUACCGUAAUAUGUUGCGGUUAAACUUUGCCGACGAAAGCACAAACGAUUGGCUCAAAGAGUACUGCUCUUCCCUCAAUGAUGUAUGGAAGGGUGCGCAGUUGACCUUGAGAAAGAUUACUGAGUUACCCAUGUUGAAAAAGUGUUUCCUUUGGCUUCCGGAAGAGGAGCGAACUGGAGUUGAGGUUCUGGAACAGCUUAGCGUCCAGAAUAAUCUCGACAUUACUUCUUGGAUGCUGUUAAGCUGUAGACCAGGAGAUAGAGUUGAUAGACCGGGAGUUUUCCUAACUAUCGACAUACCUGAACCUAAAAUAGAGGAGAUUCGAAUGCAAAGGGGCUGCCGACUUUUUUAUGGUCUUGGGAUUGUCAUACUACGGGUGUCGGCUCCUACUGCAAAAUAAGGGAAUUCGCGGCUCCGAGUUUCAAAUGGGAUAUAAAAUCUCACAAUUUAAUUUGCGGCAUUGUAAAGCGGCCACCGUUUUCAUCAGCCGCCGUAUCAAUUGCUGUUUAUAUACUUCAAUUAAGAACCAACGAUCCAUUGGUAUGAAAAUUUGGGGAAAUUUCCUGCAUGCAUAUUUAUUAUAUGGCAACGGAAAGUUAAAUUCCACUCCUGAAUGGGGGUUGCGAAAUAACCUCGUGCUUUGAUCAGUGACACGUGAUGACUACAUCACAAUAGUCAAAGUAAUCAUAAAUAGUCAAUAUGGGGAUAAGGAGAUUUCACUGAAUUCUGCUUAUUUGCCGAGGAUGAGUUUCCUUCUGAAAUAUUCAUUAAAUCUCUACGAUGGAAUAUAAAUUAGAGAUUUUAUGCUGAAAUAGCUCAAAGAUGUAGUGGCUUUCUUAGGAAUGUAGUUUCCAAUGGUUAUUUGCCUCUUCAAUGAUCUCUGCGUUUUCCAUGUAUAAUUUUACACCUGCUCAUUUAGAAUGUCAGUUAUUUGAUAAUUUUUGCACAUAUCCCUUCUUCGAUGUGUUGUGCAAUUCAAAAACCGCAUCUUGUCAAUAAAUCCGAUAAAUACCUUCGCUGCAAAUAUUUCCGGGGCAAAUUGAAAAAUUUUUCAUACAAAUAUUUAUGCUAUUGGACGUGGAUCAAACAUUGGAGCGCAUUUUUCUUCUGUGUUUUACUUGUGAAUUUGCUACUUGAAUUCAUUUGUAAUCUAGUCGUCAUAAUGGUAUGUUUGAAGCGCUUCCCUUGUUCAGGGGGUAUUUGUAUUUUCUCGUUUUAUUUAGCGGAGUUGUAACCAUCUUUUGUGUCGCGCCAUUCUAUGCCACAACCUUGCGAUGGAAGUAGUAUUUUGGCUUGCUUGAUUGUCCAUUGUAUGCUUGUUGGCUUCCGGUAAGCAUGAUAUUCAAAUUUUCUUUUUCUUCUGAUCAUUUUGAGAUCUGCUACUGCGGUAUUGCAUAUCAAGCCUCUGGUCUUGCGGAUAUAUGUAUAUCUCUGUCUCAGUUUUCCAAUUUGAAAAUCUUAAAUUUGCCUGCGUCAACCUGACUGAUUUAUUAUAGCUUGUCAAAUUUGAUAUAGUUAAAGGUUAAUACAACUCGUGGUUUUAUUUAAAGCGAAGCCCCAAGGGCCCAAGUUUCGCACCGUGUUUUUUAUAUUCUUCGACUCUAAUGAGAGAAGAUGCUUUACCGGCGGAGGUGACUCGCUGCUAGAUUUCAUGAUAUUCGUUACACUGGUCUAUCUGUUUAAAAUCGUGUUCACCCAUCGUCUUAUCUGUCUCAAAGCAUUAUUUUUCCAGUUUUAAGUCAUAUAUUUUGUUUCUCGACUUGUUGAGUCAUACUUUCAUAUUUUAGUUGCUGCAGGCUUCAAUAUCGGGUACCCUUUUUCACACGGUGUAUUGAUCGGACCAUUAUAUCCAGUUUAUCUACCCAACUUGUACGAAUAUCUUUUCUCUAAUGACCAUUGAGUUCAACUUCCUGACUACUUGGUCGAACACAGAGUUCAUUAAACCAUGGGUACACGUCAAUGUCAUAUUCCCAGCAGUUUUCAGCCACAAGUUUCACCAAAAAUAAUUGUCGUUUGGAUCUAAAGCCACAUGAUAAUGUCGGGAAACUAUUUCAGUCGUUGUUCGAAAAUUUUUAUUUUUGUUUUAUAAUAUGUACGCACUAUGAAAUUCCCUUGUAAUUUUCGGAACGAUGACGAUCACCCUUUGGAACAUAAAAUGCUUUUCCGUCUAUCGUUAGGUAUAUAAUCUAUUCUUCCAUAUUUUCGCGAUGAGUUUAUAAAUUCGAAUAGUUCCACCGCCCUUCAAGAGCUCGACUACUUUUUGGACAAUUCUGCGAUGAUCGAUUAUCUAUCAUAUUAAUGGUAAUCCUAAUUAGAUACAUUGUGGCUUGCCCAGCAUGUCUGGCGGGUUGUGGAAGUUGUAUUCAUUCCAAAAUGCGAAACACCCACCUACAUUGAUACGAAACUGUUUCGAAUCGCAGGCAUUUACGGAGGACUCUGGCGUACCCUGGAAAUACUAAAGAAAAUGAUGUUCAGGAAAAGCGUUAGGCGUUAAGUGGGAAACCGCACUAACAAAGAGAGAGAAACUAGAAAUCGACUCCAAAUUACCCUGUGAGCAUCAAUUUCAGAUGUCUUGCAGGUUGUGGUACUAUAAGAUUGCAAUAUGUAGAUAAAAGGUGCAGUCUUCAACACAGUGCAAUUAUUGGAUCUACACGUUUCCGGGACUUUCAUCAUUGCUAUAGUUUGAUAAUAUAAAUUUUAUCUACCACCAAAAAGACUAUACACCGGAGGUUAAACUAGGAAAAAGAAUAGGACUCAAAAUGAAUCAUCCGGUUUAAGGCCGAGUCAAGGUCGCAUUUGUUAAUAUAUUGUGUGUCGUGUUUCCUUAGCACUUCUCUGUGCGAAUUCAUAUAAUCAAGUAACCACUUACAUAUAUGAUAUAUUAUUCGCAUCGCCGCCUUUUACACAAAUGAGAAAAAAUACCAAUGAAGAUGAUCAGAACACACUGCGAUCUUGACUAGUAAGCCCUGCCCAAAGGACGCCAUCUUUUUGUCAUGUAAAAAUUCAGGGUUUGCCUAGUUUCAUCUCCUGUGUAUAGUCUUCUUGCCUACUACCCUAAGUGUCAAAACAAAAAAAUUUGAAGUUCUAUUUCGUUCAUUUUAAUACUUUAAUUUUUUAAUUUUUUUUAAUGCUAAAAAAUUUUAUCAUUACAAGAAUCCCAUAUUAUUAUAAAAAAUAUAAAAUUAUUCAGAAUAAAUUUAUUUUAAUAUAUCUGCAAAAUUACCAAAAAUAUAAUAUUUAUUUAUAGAAGUAUAUAGAUGUUGUUUGCAUUAUUAUUUCCUAAGUUACCACUAUAUCAGGGGAUACCAACAUUAAGCUACUACGAAUACCAAAUGGGAUGGAGUGUGGUUCGCAUGAUCCUAUGUACAGUAAAAUGCGUCGCGCCGUAGUAGUUCGGGAGACUCACUGAUCACCCCCGCAACAUCGAACACGUAAACAGAAUGGCGUACUUCUGCACCAUUGAAACCAAACAGUGUGAGAGGAGGGACUAAAUGCCUAUUCGAAAUUUAAAAAUUGGUUUAUUGUGAUGUACAUGGUAAUCAAUUGAAACUUGCCGACCCCAAUACAUAUCGUAAACAGCUCAUAUUGAUAUACAGUACAUGAUUUAGUAAUCAACUCCCGCUUGCCGGCCCGUCGAGAGGGGGUACAAUUAUAAAUAUAUUCGUCCAGCGUUUCUAACCCGGACUUUUCUUUUUGCAUUGGUUGUUUUCCAUGCGCUAUUUUGUAAAUUAAUAAAUUACUUAUAUCACAAAAAGGGGAUCCCCGGUGCAGAGCCAUUGGGUAAGU